AUGUCUGGCGCUUCGCGCCGAUUCUUGCGCCCGGGCCUAGCGGUGCCGCGACUCCGCGCCGCCGCCAUUGCCCAAUUUUCGAUGCGCAACCGAUUAAAAGAGUCUCAGGGUGAGACAUUGAAACGGCAACUGGAGGCUACAAAAUCUACUAAGAUAGAUCUGGUCCCAGAGACCCAGGGGUGCCACCUUUCGGUCAUGGUGUUGCCACAAGCAGUGUUGAGAUCUGCGAGUCAGGGGCCUGCCCUGGUGGAGCUUAAGAAUGGCGACUCCUACACUGGAACCUUGGUGGCGGUGGACAAUUUCAUGAACAUCCGAUUGGAGGAUGCAGUCUUCACACCUCGAACUGAGCAUAAAUUCGAGCACAUGAAGGAAUGCACCAUUCGAGGGCAGUUCGUGAAAUUCAUCCGCUUCCCGGACAACAUCCUAGAUCGUGUGCUGGCCACACAGGAGGCAGCUCUGGGAAGGAAAGGCCGCGGCAAGGAGGGCAAAGGACCAAAACCCGACGAUGUCAACAAGAUGCUAAGUGUCCCUUCCUCUCUGAUUGGAGCCAUCAUCGGCCGUGGUGGGGAGACCAUCAAGCGUUUCUGCACUGAGAGUGGUGCAAGGAUCGAGGUGUCCAAAGAUCAGAUUGACACCGCGCAAGAAAGGGUGAUCUUCCUUUCCGGUUCUGCGGAGCACGUGGACCGGGCAGAAGCCAUGAUCAGCGACUUCGUGGCCAAUCGCGCCAGAGGCAGCGGCAAGGGAAAUCAGGCCGAAGGCCGGCGUUCCGGAGGACAAAGACAUGCUGGGCGUGGAAAGGGUGGCAAAAAGGGCGGCGGCAGCGCUCCCACAGGCGGAGCUAUGGACAGAUUGGAGCCGAUGUCGUGGAAGGCUCAGAUGACAGCCAGCAGGCUGUGGUGAGGGACUGUACCAGUGGUCAGCCCAAUAGGAAACGAAGUUAUUUGAAGUUUUUUUUGAACAUAUUGAACGACGACCUAAUGGCACAAGACCUG